UCAAGUGAAGUACAUUAAAAACUAAUAAAUAAGCUUAAAACCUAUUGAGAGAUUAAUCUCCCCUAAAAAAACUCUUAAUCCUAAAAGAUUACAUUGUGGAUGUUCUUAUGGUGUGUUGUAGGAGAGAGAUUCUUCAAUUUAUAGAUGUCUAAAACCUUUUCCUUCAAAAAAUAGGUUACCAAAUAUGGAAUAUUAAAAUUUUCCUUUUAAGAAAAGUAAAACGAAAUAUGGUAAACUUUUUGUCCUUCCUUUAAAAAAAAGGUAAAAUUCAAAUAUGAUAAGAAAAUCGUGGCAAAAUCCCAACAGUAAGAACCUUCCUGUUCAUCUCCUUCCUCUUUAUCCUUCUCUAUAAAUAAAUUCUUGCAACUCUCCGUAAACAGAAAAAACAGACAACAAUUUUCUGAGUUCUUACAACUAUUUCCAUUCUCCAAAUUUCUAAAUAAAACUCUUCUUUGUUAGCCUACUUCAACAACUCAAUUAUAGCAAUGGAAUUACGUCCAUUAGACAUCAAUGUGAUCUCCGCAAAGAACAUCAAGAAUGUCAAUACUUUCUCAAAAAUGGAUGUUUAUGCAGAAGUCUCCAUCUCCAGCUACUCCAUCAAGUCCCAUAAGCAGAAAACCUUCAUCGACAAGAACAGUGGCACAAACCCCAAGUGGAAUCACUCCAUGAAAUUCACUCUUGAUGAAUCUUCCCUUACAAAACCAGGGCUUCACUUAAUCAUUCGUCUCAAAUCUGAACGCACUUUAGGUGACAAAGAAAUUGGUGAAGUCUCUGUUCCUAUUCAUGACCUGUUUAAUAAGUCCACCUCUAAUGGAAGCACAGCCGAGAGGUUUGUUCAGUAUCCAGUUAUAACAGAAAGCGGUAAACCAAAAGGCAACCUGAAAUUUUCCUACAAGUUUGGAGAAAAAUUUACAGCACCUGAGCAAAAAAUAGAUGUAUAUCAUGAGCCUGUCACAGCUUAUCCUGCACCAAUGCAUGGUAGUACAUAUCCUGGAAUGGCUUAUAAUCAGCAAAAUCCAGGAUACGGAUAUCAAGGUGGGUACCCACCAGGUGGAUACCCACCAGCUGUUGCACCGGGUUAUGGAUAUCCACCACAACAACCAGGGUAUGGGUAUCCACCCGUACAACAACCUGGUUACGGAUAUCUUGAUGGAUUCGGGUUAGGGUUGGGUGCAGGAUUGCUUGAUGGUUUGUUGGUUGGAGAUAUGGUUUCGGAUGUUGGAGAGAUGUAAUGAGGUUGGGCACUUCGGUAGAUUUGGGAGAUUUUUAUAUCGUUUGACUAGUACUUGCUAGGAUUUUCUAGCUGAAUAUGCUUUUAGUUCCUAAGACUACUUGUUAUUUUAAUCUAGUUCUCUUGAGAACAAUUUUUCAUACAAGAGUUUGACCUUAAUGUUAUCAGGUUUCUCGGUCCCCAUCCCUCUCUUUGAACACUCUGUUUUAACUAUUCAAUCGCACUUUGAUGUUUGCAAAACAAUAAUGCCAACAAAAUCUGA